AUGGCCAUCAAGGGCGACGCCGUCUGGUCUAUUGCUGUCAUGUGGGUCAUGACCGUCAUCGUCUUGGCCUUCACGAUGCUUCGAGUGUACACUCGUGCCUUUGUCGUCAAGUCUUUCGGUGGUGAUGAUUGGGUCUAUGUCUUUGCAUUCUUUUGUUUUCUUAUGUACGCAACCUUUGUCACUGUCGCCGGGGUACAUGGCUACGGCCAGGACAUGGUCAUCGUCCAAGAGAAACCAGACGAGAUGAAGAAGGCAAUCAUAUAUCUGGCCGUGGGACAGACAUUCGCCAUGGUCGGCAUGACGGUUGCCAAGUGGUCUCUUGGGCUCUUCCUCCUCCGCCUCGUCGAGUCUGCCUGGCACAAGACCUCCAUCUGGAUGACACUCGUGCUCCUGGCCAUCGCGUCGCUCCUCUCCACCUUCGUUUUCUGGUUUCAAUGCUCACCACCCCGUGCCAUGUGGGAUCGAACGCUGCCCGGCGCGAAAUGCGAGGUCCCUCAGCUGCCCUUCUUUUACUUUCUCGGAGGCAUUCGACAGAAGACUAACAAACACACAGCCACCUGUGCCUUUGCAGAUCUCUUCUUCGCACUAGUACCCUGGUGGUUCAUGUGGAAUCUGCAAAUGAAUAAACGCGAGAAGCUCAUCAUCCUCUUCAGCCUCAGUCUCGGCGUCAUUGCCGCUGCAUUCGGUUUCAAACGCUGCACCGAGAUCUACAAACUCGUCGGGCAGAACUUCCUCAAGGACGUGGUCUCAAUCAUCAUCUGGGCCGCCGCCGAAAUCGCUGUCACAAUGGUCUGCAUAGGCAUCCCCAUCUGCCGACCCCUCUACAAAGACUACCUGAGCCGCCUGAGCUCCCGAGACACGAGCAAAUACAAAGGUCUUUCGGGGGAGCGACGAGGAGGCGGAGGAGGCAAGGGGGGAGCGACCGCCAGUGGGGGAUCUGUGCCCCUACGCACCAUCGGGGGCAGCGUGAGCGCCAAGCGAGCCGACUCGGGGCUGGCAGGAGGCACAACCACAACCGUGUCGAAGGUCUUCUACAUUGGGGAGGGAGGCAGCGACGAGGAGAUUCUCGAUCCCGCGUACAGGCAUGGGAAGUACAGUCCGCCAAACCCUGAGAGGGCUAUCAGGGUGACGGAGGAAUACGAGGUUACUACGAGCAAGGUAUAA